ACUACUUCCGGUAUGCCAUGCACAUCCGGUUCAGUGUCAACAAUGGUAAAGUAAGAACACGCAACAAUCGCUUGACAAUUUCACUUAAAAUAGCCCUCGGAGGUUUUGUAAUGUUAGGAGCUGUAGUUGCUUAUCGGGAGGACGAUUACUGGAUAAAACCGGCUCUGACAGAUGGCCGGUUUCUUAAAAAGAUCCUAUACAGGAGGCAAAAAAGUAAAAACUGUAAAAGGUUUACAUUAUACUUCAAAAGCUAAACACACUAAAGAGAAGGAGUCGGUAUAUACAUUCCCAAACCCAGCUUUCGAUGACGAUGAUGAUGACAAUGACGAUGAGAAUAUUAAAUUGACAAGCCGAGGACAUCAUGAAUCCAAAACUAAACUUCCAAAACAGAAACAACUGAUAAUGAUAAUACCUGUUAAAAAGGACGACACCCUGCAGAAUUUAGCACUGAAAUAUCGACGGCCUGUUGCCGAAAUUAAGCGCGUUAACAAUUUACAAAAAGAUCAAGAUUUUUAUGCUCUAACACAUAUCAAAGUACCUAUUCUCGAAGAUGGGGUUGUUAGUGAGCUAGUCGAAGACGAUAGUCAAGUAAAAAUCAUAAAUGAAGACGAAGUAAAUGUCGGUCUUAAAGAAUGUGAUGAUCCCGACAUGAUAGUAAAAACAAUUAGCAUAAAAGAUUAUUGCACUCCUUCAGAAGAAGCUCGAAAGUUUAUGGUAGAAAUGGACAGGGAUAUUAGUUCCAUUGUAAAGAAAACAGAAAAUUCUCGUAAAGAGCACUUAAAUGACGUAAUUAACAUGUUAACAGCGCCUUCAAUUCAACCCUUAAAGAAAGACUGGUUUCAUUGGUCUGACUGUCGUUGUUCUUGGUCUUCCAUUAUAAUUCUAAUUACUUUUUUCGUUCUCGUUCCCGCAAUAUUUUAUCUUAUUUUCCGUUGUAAAUGGUCAAAUGGGUCUAUAGAAUGCAAAUUUCACUAG